AUGGGAAACUGCACAGAUACCAUGUUUGCUGAUCAUGAAGGGAAAUCCAUCCUUGAGUUUAAACAGAGCAACUUAACUGCUUUGUCCGCAAUAGAUGAAGAUUCUCUGGACAAAUGGUUUGAGCUGCAUUUCACCUCUGGUGCAGUAGUGAAAGCGCAAUUGUGCGAAGAUCAUGUUAUUGCUGCAUUUUACAAUAAUGCGUGCAUAUAUGGUUCGCUUGGAAAGGAAUUGUGUGUUGCCCUAGGUAUAGCACUGGCUGAUGGGGGCUGCGAAGCAGUGGUGGAGGGGUUUUACAGUGUCAUUGGUGCUCAUAAAAAUAAUGGAGGGCAAAGCAAUGAUGUUUUGGUAAAGUGA